UUCAGUUGUGUGGAAGACAGUCCAUUCUAAAGAGGCCCCUCAGCCUCUUUCCUGUCUCCUGUCCCCCCAGAAUGGGUGCUGGGAGGGCCUUCUGGGUGGUGGCUCUCCUAGUGAGCAUCAUGAGGCUGGCUUCCUUCAUGUCUGAAGGCAGAGACUCCCCAGAGGAUUUUGUGAUUCAGGCGAAGGCGGACUGUUACUUCACCAACGGGACGGACAAGGUGCGCUUCGUGGUCAGGUUCAUCUUCAACCUGGAGGAGUAUCUCCAUUUCGACAGCGACCUGGGGAUGUUUGUGGCGCUGACGGAGCUGGGGGAGCCUGAUGCUGAGCAGUGGAACAAACGCUGGGACCUCGUGGAGCAGAGCAGAGCGUCUGUGAACAUGGUUUGCAGGCAGAACUACAAGCUGGGGGCCCCCUUCACCGUGGGGAGGAAUGUACCUCCGGAGGUGACAGUGAGCCCAGAGAGGACCCCGCUGCCGCAGCAACACAACCUGCUGCUCUGCUCUGUGACAGGCUUCUAUCCCGGGGACAUAAAUGUUAGGUGGUUUCGGAACGGACAGGAGCAGAGGUCUGGGGUCAUGUCCACUGGCCUUGUUAGGAACGGAGACUGGACCUUCCAGAUGACAGUCACGCUGGAAAUGACCCCGGAGCUUGGUGACGUCUACAGCUGCCUCGUGGAGCACCCCAGUCUCCAGAGCCCUGUUUCUGUGGAGUGGGUGGCUCAGUCUGAAUAUUCGUGGAGAAAGAUACUGAGUGGAGCUGCCGCGUUCCUGACUGGGCUAAUCGUCUUCCUGGUGGGGGUUGUUAUCCACGUUAAGGCUCACAAAGCAUCUAUGGAGACCUGGUCAGGCGAUGAGGUCUCAAGAGCUUCUCCACCUCAUCUCCAGUAAGAUCCUAAUGGACAUUUCUCUCCCAGAGCCUGAAGGAAUGUCGAAAUCCAGGACCCUGGGGCGGGUAAAGAACCCUGGCUCUAGAGUCAUGAGAUGCGGCGUGUAUCUUCCCCUUAGGUCCUUCCCUCCUGCCUGUACUCAGUAGUCCCCAUUCCAGGACACUGUCCAGAAAUUCCCUUAGGACCUAAUUCAUUCUGGUCCUGAGUUGUUUUAGUCUCUGUGGUGAGACUCUAACCCUGUGAGUGGGGACCCCAGUCUUUUUGUCUUCCAACCAUAGCUUCCAGUCUUCCAGACAAUCACUUUAAAAUCUCUUGCAUUGUAAAACAAAACAGGCACGGAUAACUGUAGUGAGUGUAUAAUUCAGUGACUUAUUUAAGACAAAGCCCUUGUAAUUACCAACUCAACAAGACACAGACCUUGGCAGUCCCUGAAGAACUCAUCUGCCUUGACCAACAAACCCCGGUAGGCCCACCACUGUGCACGUGGGGUUAUUUAACAGCCUCUUCAGCCAAGUGUACAUCUGAGUACCACACUCCUUUGCUUUCUUGUGUCUUAGACCUCCAGACAUUUUAUUUUAUCCCUUCUUUCUGUUAGGAUUAAAUUUGUUGAGAAGCCUGAGUCACCCAUGGUGAAGAGUUUCUCACACUUGGAGUUUGUGGCCUGCACACUCAUGGCCCAUCUAACACACUCCUUUGUCCUUUAUGUCUUCUGUAAGUCAACACCUGAUGCAGAGGCAGGGGUCAGACUCUGGUUUGGUCCUUUUGGCAUCUACAGGAAGUGACGCCUUUAUCUGGAGUCAUAUUUUAUCCUGUUUCUCUUUUUAUAAUGUUACCAUAACCAUUGAUGCUAAUUGCCCAGGUCUGUUAACUUAUAGCUGAUUGAUAAAUUGUGACAGUCCAGUUUUAGGAUUCUUUCUUCAUUUAUUUAUUGUGUAUGGUUGGCUCUAUUCCUGGUUAUUUGCACUAGAAGUUCCAACUCUACGAUGGUAAACUGUGUGUGCCUUGCAGUGAUUCCAGCCUGUUGUAGGAGCUGUGUUCCUGCCGCCCCAGCUCCUGGCCGCCUGGCUAGCUUAUGCCCCGAAAUAACAACACACAAACUGUAUUCAUUUAAACACUGCUUGGCCCAUUUCUAUUCAUGUGUGUAGCACCCCAAGGUGCGCUUACUGGGAAGAUUCUAGCCUAUGUCCAUCCUGGGUUGGAGCUUCAUCGCAUCUGCCCCAGAGAGGAGAGCUAUCGAGUCUGAGCUCACUUCCUCUUCCUCCCAGCAUUCUGUUCUGUUUACUCCACCCACCUAUGUUCUAACCUAUGAGGGCCAAGCAGUUUCUUUAUUUUUUAACCAAUGACCUUUCUCCGUCACCAGCCUGCAGCAGAGCCGCCAUUGUGUUCACGGCUGUGUGCUUCUAAAUCAAAGAACUAGUUUCACUCAGUAAUGAUCUUAGUGGAGUAAUGAAGUCCACUGGUUUGGCGAAUUCCU